AUGACUGAUCCGACAAGCGAGGCGCAUCAAACCAGCAGUUACGAUGAGUUCCAUGCUAGGAACCUUGAACAGACCAUGCUGGAACUACAAGGCGUAGUCAAAGAGCAUGAAGAUGCAUUGCAAAAACUACGCGCAUCCUCUAUCGUGAGUCGUGCCGGUCAGAGCCUACCAUCAACGGCCCCUUACGAUAUCAUGAAAAUGGCGUAUAACGAGCUAGCAUCCUCAACGCCAUACCUUCCAUUCCCUGAUUCUGUUCUACCUGCGUUGAUUGCCCUGCGCAGAACCCAUCGAACUGUGGAAGAGACGAAGGCAUAUCUAUCGACUCAUAGUCAGUCUGUCGAAGACGCGAAAAAGAAACUCGAGCUUGCAAAGGUAGAUUUCAGUAACCAACAGGCUCUUGCCCACAGUCUUCGAGGUCGCAUCCAGUCACUGCAGGAUGGGCUAGAGACUCGCAUGGAGAUGGGGCCCGAGGAUAUUGCACGCGAAAGGAUCGAAGAUCUAAAACAAAAGAAGAAAACGUACAGCAUUGAGACUUCCAAGCUACUCAGAUCGCUUAGGGCAUUUAUUAAUGACCAUCUAGCCGGGAUGCUCGCGGCUGAGGAACUUGGGGGUCCAGUAGUCGGUGACAUGAUGAAUAUAAACGAGCAGGAUCUAGUGGCGGGGUUCAACUCCCAGGGACGGGUUAAAGCUGCAAAAGCAAAAGCCGAAGAUGACAACCGGCAAAGACGCAUCGACGAGAUAUGGCGUCCUCGCGAGGGAGAAAAAGGCCGCCAUGAGAAACAUGACAGAGACGAAAUCACAGCGGCAGGGGAGGAAAUGCGAGAUCUAACAGAACAGCUGCUCAAUGGCCUUGCACAGUCUCAGGGUGAUAGCUCAGCUGCCUAUGUCUAUCUGCCUAAAGAAUCUGCGGCCGCAAGAUUUCUCGUGCGAGCAAAAGCUGCGCAAUUCCAUCCCAAGGACUCGAGCAGGCUACGACUGCUAGAUUUUGGCAGAGAGUUAGAUGACUAA